CCAGAGGGCAGUGCCAAAGAGGCGACGCCAGGAGGAGGUCAUCAUCAGGCUGGCCCAGGACGACGAGAUGAAGGUGGAGCUCCUGGAGCUGCAGGAGAUGCUGUUGCGGCGGGUUGACGGCAACAAAGGGCACAGCAAAUUCCUGGCCGCUGCCCAGAACCCAGCUGAUGAGCCCAGUCCAGGAGCCCCACCCCCCCAGGAGCUUGGGGCUGCCGACCAGCAUGGUGAUCUUUGUGAGGUGAACCUCACCGACAGCUCCGGGCCUGCGCAAGGAGAGGCCAGGAAGGGGUCUCCCCAUGACAACCCUACUGCACAGCCCAUCAUGCAGGACCACCAGGAGCACCCAGGCUUGGGCAGCAACCGCUCUGGGCCAUUCUUUUGCUGGGCUUGGCUGCAGAGAAGAAGGAGAUAA